AUGGCAUGUGAAGGGAUGAGGCGACCAAAGGUGGUGAAUCGAUGCCAAUACGACGUAUCAAUGAACUUAAAUUUUCUCCUAUGCCUAAAUGUUGGAAAACCCUACUAUCUUCCAUCAGCCGUCAUUUCUCCUGAAUCUCCUCCGUGUCCCUCCUUACUCUCUUCAAUCUCCGAUAGCCUCGGUUACCACCAACCUGUUGACGCUACCGUUACCUUCACUAGCAUCUGUCGCCCGCUUCUACCUUAUGUCGAGACGAGAAACCCUAACUCUACUCACUGCCACCAUCAACGCCACCAUCGCACACCGGAAACCCUAACCCUAAAGUGGCUCCACCAUCGCCACCAGACAUCUCACAGUAUAAACCGGGUCGAGAUUAUUUCUAUGCUUUUGGACGAUCAGUUUGUCAAUCCUGAUUUCGUGAAUCAUUAUAAACAGCAACAUCUUUGCUUCCUAGCAAAAGAUUUCCAGAUGACCUUUAAACAAUGUUUUUUCAGUAAUUUUCAAUUCCAUUUCUGGAUUCUUUAA